AUGAGUCGCUGGGCUGGGUUACUUCAGCGCGUGCAGAAGGAGGAGGUCGUGAAAAAUGAAGCAAAGAGUGGGAAGAGUGUAGCGGAGGUGAAGAAGAAACUAAACUGGAAGGAGUGGAUUGUGGACCCAUCGGAGGAGUUUUAUUACACGUGGUUGCAGCUGAUGGUCUUCCCUGUGCUCUACAACUGGGUGAUGAUCAUCUGCAGGACCUGUUUCUACGAUACUGAGAAAAACUAUCUGGUGCUGUGGCUUACCAUUGACUACAUCUCAGACCUUCUCUAUGUAGUUGAUAUUAUAAUCAGGUUUCGCACAGGUUUUCUGGAGCAGGGCAUCCUGGUGCGAGACCCUGCUCUUCUGCGACAACGCUACCUGUGGUCCUCCCAGUUCCUGUGGGACGUUGUGUCCGUCCUGCCCACAGAUCUAUUAUACCUGUGGCUUGGAAUCCACUGCCCGCUGGUGCGUGUCAACCGCUUCCUGCGUGCCCCACGGUUGGGAGAGGCCUUCGACCGCAUGGAAACCCGCACCUCUUAUCCCAACACCUUUCGUAUUUCAAAACUCAUGCUCUACAUCUUUGUUCUCAUCCACUGGAACUCCUGCCUCUUCUUUGCACUCUCGGGCUACAUCGGCUUUGGUUCAGAUGAAUGGGUUUACCCCAACAUCUCUGACCCUAAUUUUGCUUCGGAGCGUCGGCAGUAUUUCUACUGCUUCUGGUUUUCCACACUCAUCCUGACCACAGUGGGGGACACACCGACCCCAGAAAAGGAGGAGGAGUUCCUGUUCAUGGUUGCUGACAUGCUGAUUGCCGUACUGGUGUUUGCCUCUGUGGUGGGCAAUGUGGGAAGUGUGAUCAACAACCUGCGGGACCGCGAUAAUGUAUUCUUUCCCAACCACGAGCUGGUCAGGAGUUACCUAAGAAGCCGAUGGAUUGACAGGGCCCUGCGUGCACGAGUCGACGGCUGGUACCAGCACCUGCACAUCAACAAGAAGAUCACCCGAGAGAACGAGAUCCUGCAACAACUUCCUACCCGGCUCCGCACCACCAUUGCUGUCAGUGUGCACCUUCCCACCCUCUCCAAGGUCACCAUUUUUCAGAACUGCGAGACCAGUCUCCUGGAGGAAUUGGUCCUGAAGCUCACACCACAGGUGUACAGCCCAGGUGAGUAUGUGUGCAAGAAGGGGGACGUGGGACACGAGAUGUACAUCAUCAAGGAGGGCAAGCUGGCCGUGGUGGCUGAUGACGGGGUCACGCAGUUUGCUGUCCUGGGUGAGGGCAACUUCUUUGGAGAGAUAAGCAUCCUUAACAUCAAAGGGAAUAAAUCAGGGAACCGCCGCACAGCAAACAUCCGCAGCAUUGGCCACUCGGACCUCUUCAGUCUGUCCAAGGAGGACUUGACAGAGGUGUUGGCUGAGUUUCCUGCAGCCAAGCGGCUGCUGGAGGAGAAAGGCAGACAGAUCCUCAUGAAAAUGGGAAUGUUGGAAGAAACAGCUGGGGGAGAUGGCGCUCAGGAGGAAGAGAAGAUGGAAAGGAAAGUGGAGCGCAUGGAGAACAGUCUGGAAGCACUGCAGACAAAGCUGGCAAGGCUGAUGGCUGAACUGGAGUCCAGCACUCACAAGAUGGAGGCAAGGGUGCUGCUGCUAGAAAAAGAGAUGGAGGAAAGGGAGGCAACGGCAGAGAAGAGAAAGGCCACGAAGAGGCAGAGUAAAGGUGGCGUGAAAAAAGAAGCUGCGGAGCUUCCGGACGGAGACUGCCAUGGAGAGGCAAGUGAGCAAAUGAAAGAUGAGGCCUCAGUUAGAGCUGCAUCUGGAGGUGUUGUAAGGUAUCAUGGAGAAGAUAGACACUGUAAGAGCAUGCACCUGGAGAACGCAGCGGAGAAUGGAGGAGAAACAGAAGAGGAACCCAUAGAAGAAACUAAAAAGGAGAAAAUGGCAUAA